UCAACAAUUCUCGCGAGAUUUAUCGGCAGCCAUCUUCUUGGGGGUGCUGGGAGCCGGGAAGACCCCCGAACCGUUCCCAUUCAGCUGCCCUUCGUCUUCGCUUUUUUCACUUUUGCCUCUUCUGCGUUGCCAGCCAGCACCUGGUCUCAAAGCUGAGAGAAAGCCCGGGUCUAGGAGCGUGUCGCGCUCUGGUCCAGGAAGAUUCGCUGGGGUGGAGAGAAGGGGGAGGGCCCGGGCAAACAGUCGCUGCCUCAGCCGGGGCCGGGGUCCGGGGAGGGGAAGUUCCUGGCACCCCGUGGACUCGCGGCCUGCGGCCGUCCCCCCGGAGCUGUUGGCCCAUCGGGGCUCGCGGGAGCCUGCCACCGGCGCCUCCCACCGCGGCCCACGCGGGCGGCGCGCGGAGGAGGGGGCGGGGGCAGCGGCGGCUGUAGCGACCGCGACCUGGGCGGGCGGACUAGUGUGACGGGCCUCUGGGCCGCUGUGGAUGGUUUCUAAAAUGAUCAUUGAAAACUUCGAGGCCCUCAAGUCCUGGCUCAGCAAGACUCUCGAGCCCAUCUGUGAUGCAGAUCCAUCAGCCCUGGCAAAAUAUGUUCUCGCUUUGGUAAAGAAAGACAAAAGUGAAAAAGAAUUAAAGGCGUUAUGUAUUGAUCAACUGGAUGUAUUUCUUCAAAAAGAGACACAGAUAUUUGUGGAAAAACUUUUUGAUGCUGUGAAUACAAAGAGUUAUCUACCUCCUCCAGAGCAGCCAUCAUCAGGAAGCUUAAAGGUAGAAUUUUUUCAGCACCAAGAAAAAGAUAUAAAAAAAGAAGAGAUCACAAAAGAGGAAGAGCGAGAGAAGAAGUUUUCUAGAAGGCUAAAUCACAGUCCUCCUCAGUCAAGCUCCCGAUACAGAGAAAAUAGAAGUCGUGAUGAGAGGAAAAAAGAUGAUCGUUCUCGCAAAAGAGAUUAUGAUCGAAACCCUCCUCGAAGAGAUUCAUACAGAGACCGGUACAAUAGAAGACGAGGGCGAAGUCGCAGUUACAGCAGGAGUCGGAGUCGAAGUUGGAGUAAAGAGAGGCUUCGUGACAGGGAUAGAGAUAGAAGCAGGACUAGAAGCAGAAGCAGGACCCGAAGCAGGGAAAGGGAUCUGGUAAAACCUAAAUAUGACCUGGAUAGAGCAGAUGCAUUAGAAAACAAUUAUACUCCAGUCUCUUCGGUACCUAAUAUUUCAUCUGGCCACUACCCUGUACCUACUUUGAGCAGCACUAUUACAGUAAUUGCUCCUACUCAUCAUGGUAAUAAUACUACCGAAAGUUGGUCUGAAUUUCAUGAAGACCAAGUGGACCAUAACUCGUAUGUAAGACCACCAAUGCCAAAGAAACGGUGUAGAGACUAUGAUGAAAAGGGUUUCUGUAUGAGAGGAGACAUGUGCCCUUUUGAUCAUGGAAGUGACCCGGUAGUUGUAGAAGAUGUCAAUCUUCCUGGUAUGCUGCCUUUCCCAGCACAGCCUCCUGUUGUUGAAGGACCACCUCCUCCUGGACUCCCUCCACCACCACCAAUUCUUACACCCCCACCUGUGAAUCUGAGACCCCCAGUGCCACCGCCAGGCCCAUUACCACCCAGUCUACCACCUGUCACAGAUGAUAUUUCUUAUUCUUUGGUUUUGACAGGACCACCACCUCCACUUCCUCCUUUGCAACCAUCUGGCAUGGAUGCUCCCCCAAACUCUGCGACCAGCUCUGUUCCUACUGUGGUAACAACUGGCAUCCAUCACCAGCCUCCUCCUGCUCCACCCUCUCUUUUUACUGCAGUUUUUGUAUUACCAGAUACAUAUGACACAGAUGGCUACAAUCCUGAAGCCCCAAGCAUAACAAACACUUCCAGACCAAUGUAUCGACACAGAGUGCAUGCACAAAGGCCUAACUUGAUAGGACUAACAUCAGGGGAUAUGGAUUUGCCACCCAGAGAAAAGCCUCCUAAUAAAAGCAGUAUGAGGAUAGUAGUGGAUUCAGAGUCAAGGAAAAGAACCAUUGGUUCUGGGGAGCCUGGAGUUCCUACAAAGAAGACUUGGUUUGAUAAGCCAAAUUUUAAUAGAACAAACAGCCCAGGCUUCCAGAAAAAGGUUCAGUUUGGAAAUGAAAAUACCAAACUUGAACUUAGAAAAGUUCCUCCAGAAUUAAAUAAUAUCAGCAAACUUAAUGAGCAUUUUAGUCGAUUUGGAACCUUGGUUAACUUACAGGUUGCCUAUAAUGGUGAUCCUGAAGGUGCCCUUAUCCAAUUUGCAACAUAUGAAGAAGCAAAGAAAGCAAUAUCAAGUACAGAAGCAGUGCUAAAUAAUCGCUUUAUUAAGGUUUAUUGGCACAGAGAAGGAAGCACCCAGCAGUUACAAACUACUUCUCCAAAAGUAAUGCAGCCUUUAGUCCAGCAGCCCAUUUUGCCUGUUGUGAAGCAGUCAGUCAAAGAGCGGUUGGGUCCGGUACCUUCAAGUACUGUUGAACCAGCAGAAGCCCAGAGUGCCAGUUCAGAACUUCCUCAGAAUGUAACUAAGUUAUCUGUGAAGGACAGGUUGGGUUUUGUAUCAAAGCCAUCUGUUUCAGCAACUGAAAAGGUGUUGUCUACAUCUACUGGCCUAACAAAAACGGUGUAUAAUCCAGCUGCUUUGAAGGCUGCACAAAAAACCUUACUUGUUUCCACCUCUGCAGUUGAUAAUAAUGAAGCACAGAAAAAAAAACAGGAGGCACUGAAACUUCAGCAGGAUGUAAGGAAAAGAAAACAAGAAAUUUUAGAAAAGCACAUUGAAACACAGAAGAUGUUAAUUUCGAAACUGGAGAAAAACAAAGCAAUGAAGUCUGAAGAUAAAGCAGAAAUAAUGAAAACUUUAGAGAUUUUGACAAAAAAUAUUACCAAGUUGAAAGAUGAGGUCAAAGCUGCUUCUCCUGGACGCUGUCUUCCAAAAAGUAUAAAAACCAAGACUCAGAUGCAGAAAGAAUUACUUGACACAGAACUGGAUUUAUAUAAGAAGAUGCAAGCUGGAGAAGAAGUCACUGAACUUAGGAGAAAGUAUACCGAAUUACAGCUGGAGGCUGCGAAACGGGGGAUUCUCUCAUCUGGUCGUGGUAGAGGAAUUCAUUCAAGAGGUCGAGGGGCAGCUCACGGCCGAGGCAGGGGUCGAGGUCGAGGUCGAGGUGUGCCUGGUCAUGCUGUGGUGGAUCACCGUCCCAGGGCAUUGGAGAUUUCUGCAUUUACAGAGAGUGAUAGAGAAGAUCUUCUUCCUCAUUUUGCGCAAUAUGGUGAAAUUGAAGAUUGUCAGAUUGAUGACUCUUCACUUCAUGCAGUAAUUACAUUCAAGACACGAGCAGAAGCUGAAGCAGCUGCAGUUCAUGGAGCUCGUUUCAAAGGGCAGGAUCUAAAACUGGCUUGGAAUAAACCAAUAACUAAUAUUUCAGCUGUUGAAACAGAAGAAGUUGAACCUGAUGAAGAGGAAUUUCAGGAAGAGUCUUUGGUGGAUGACUCAUUACUUCAAGAUGAUGAUGAAGAAGAAGAGGACAAUGAAUCUCGCUCUUGGAGAAGAUGAUUUGACUGAUCAUUGAUCUGCAUAUGAUAGAACUCUACCUGUGUUUCAUUAGUAUUAUCUAAUGUACUUUUACAUAUUUGUAAAAACAAUUUUUGGUAAAAUGUGAUGAAGAUGGAUUUCACAAAUAGACAAAAGAGAAGAAAACUACCUUCUGAAUCCUGUAUUUUGAAAGAUUGAUGUUUGAGUUUUAUUUCAGUAAACAAUUGGUAAAGACAUCACACUAGAAACAUAUGCAAUGUUUUUAUUACAUACUUCUACUGAACAUUACAGAAUUCUUUGGGUUCUUUGUAAUUUAAUGAAUAGGUCUGAAGACUUAAUGACCAAUACUUGUUAUAACUUAGAGGAUUUUGUUUUACUCCAAAUAAGGAAUGCAUUUGCAUUUAAGAUCUUAAUGAAUGUUUUCAAAAAUGAGUAGGUAACAUAGUACUCUAACUAAAGUCUCCAAGUUAUGUAUUCAUAAUAUUACAUAGUAGUAUGCUUAGGCUUUACUAUGUAUUAGCCUUUUGUUGGACUUGUGUAUGUAUUUUACAAUAUGGGUUUUAAUGAUAACGGUGUAUGACUGCUUUGCAUUUGAGUCCUUAUGCAUUCAGAUGUUAAAAAUAAAGUGGAAUGGUCUCUUGAAAAGAAAAGAAAAGAAAAAAGCAAUGACAAAAAAAAAGACAAUGUUCCUUGAUUUAAAAAAAGAAAAAAAAAAAAAGAAAAAAAAGUUAAAAUAAAUAGACCAUUCCAGAUGGUGAUCUACCCUUCCCCCCAAUUAUCACAAAAGGAGCUAUAAUCACUAACUUAUUCUUAAUAAUAAUAAUAAUGGUUACCAGUACCUUUACAAUAAUGUUCAAUCCAUUGUUUAAAAUUUAUACCACUUCAGUUUGGUUUGAUCCUAUAAACUUUCAACAGAUGUCUUAAAUUAAAAGCAGGCUGAUUAGUUUGGAACCAGACUUCAAGUAGAGCUAACAUUUGGUGAAUAAGAAAACAUCACAUUACAUUUUGGAUGUAUGAAAGAAAACUUGACCAUUUGAAGAUGUAUGAAUAAAGAAAUGUACUAUAGAUACUACUUUAGGAAAACACUGUUUGGUAAGUGUUCCAGUCUGAUAUUUUAAGUGUGCAUUUCCUAUACUUGUAUAAAAAAUCUUUGACAUUUGCAACAAUAUUGUGAUUUUUAAGUGGCUUUCUCUGACAAGUGAACAUGAUCAUUGAAAGUUGAUACAGCAGUUUCCAGGAAAUAAAUGCAUUCUUUGUAGAAUGGAGGGUGGAAGAUUACAUAUUUAUCUUUUACAGUUUAUCCUUUUGGUUGCAAGUGUUUCUACCCCUCCUGAGAAUAUAGUGAUUAUAUUAAAAGUCACAUAAAAAAAAAUUACUUUCUUCCCAUACUGGGGUCCUCACAAUCACAGACUGUAAUUUCACCACCAUGGUCUUUUGCCAGUGGAUAGCUAGUGGAUGCUAUUCCUCUUUUCCUUUUCUUCCCACACUUAGGGUUAAAGUUGUAUAUAUAUUCUUGAUGGUAUUAUAUUUCAUAGGAAUGUUUUGGCUUGCAGUUGAUGCACAUGUUUAUAUUUAAAAUUUCACUAUCAGAUUUCUUUUGUCAAAAUAGUGACUUUACUUGAAACUUCUUUACUCUACUUAGAGCUGUGAUAUAUUUUGAUGUAGUCUCUUGUAUGUUGACUAUGUGCUAUUCUGAUUCAUUAGGUAAGUUUGUUUUCUUUUCUUUUUAGUAGUCGUGAAAGAUGCCAAAUUGGCAGAGGCUCACGUUUCUUCUCUUUACACCAAACAGCAGAGAGAGAUCAUCAUUGCCUGAAUUUAGCUUUGUGACUACAACAGCAAGACCUGUUCCUGUCUGGAGACGACUGUUAUAAUAAUAUGAUACUAUCGUUUUAUGUUUGCCCUUUAUCAUUUUGAAUAGAUGUUUACAUGUACCAUAAUUAGCAUUUUAUCUUUACAGUUCUUUGAGGGUACAUCUGAGUCCAGAAGUAAAUCUGAUUGUGUGCUUUGUCUGACCUUAUUCUUAAAUGUUUUCUCCCCUUUAUAGCCAUUUAUUUUUAAACAGUCUAAGAAGGAAAAAAAAGAAAAUCCUCUUGGUUUUCCUAACCUGAGAUAAGUUUUCAGUCUCAGCCAAAUUGAAAUUGUGUCUAGGAAGUCUGUAAAGCCAUGAUACUAUGUUCAUUAGCAUGAACAACUUAGAAUGAUGAAAAUGAUUAAAAAGUUAAACCUCGGUUUGGCUUUAAUUUUCCUGGGUUUUUAGGAUACAUUUCUGGAGUUAGGAUAGUCACUUAAAACAAUUUUGAACAAUUAGUAAAAUACUUUUUUCACAUGGUGAUAACUUGCCUGUUUCUUCUAAAUAUACUUAUUGAAGUCACUGCCAAGGCCACUUACCCAAAUAAUUUUUAAAAAACUCUUAACUCUUCAAAGUAAACAAGGAAAAUAAUUUUCUUUCUUUUAAAGUAGUAUAAAAUGAUCUGUGGAUUGUAGAUAUUGAGAAAUAUCUAUUAAAUGUCUAAUUUACACAGUUUUUCCUUAUUUUCCUCAGUUGCAACCAAGAUAUCAAAGACAAUUUUAAAAGCAAGGGGAAAUAGUGUUGUGUGUCUAGCAUUGUUAAAACUAUAGUUUCCCUGCCUUAAAAGGUGUAUGUCCGUAUCAUUUAUUUAUAAGCAAUAUGGCUUGGAAUUAUUUAUAAAGAGUGUGAUUAAAUUUUAUUCUAAAUAUUCACCCAAAAUACCCUCUUUAUAAUGGGCACCAUAAAGUUUUCAGAAAACUAAUUUCUUAGUAUUCCUUCAUAGAUUCUCAUUAGCAUUUGAGAAGUCGGAAGUUACACUUGAUAGCAACUCCUUUAGAAAAGUCCAAAUUAUACUUGAUUCUUUUCUCCCUUGUUUUUUGUGUUUUUUUUUAGUUUCAUUCAGCCAUGCUCAUAUUUUCACCUUUUUGUGCAAAGUUAACUAUUCUGCAAGCACUUUUUCUUGAGUAUGCAUUGCAUUUGUCUUCAUGAAAAAAAGAAUGAACCCGUCAGACAUAAUGUAAGUUAUCUAUUUUGAUCCACGUUAGUUGGAGACAGCAUGGUUAAUGUAGGCUUGGUUUAAAGGAAGGUCUUGUUAACAUAAUUAUGACCUUAUAGCCUACAGGGCAUUUUAAAAAUUGGACUUCUCUUUUAGUUCACAUUUAUGAACAAACAUAUAGUUGCUGGGAGUUCACAAAUAUUUUCCCAGAUUAGUUCAGUAGUUUUUUCUUUUUAAGGAAAGAUUCUCUGCCUGUGUAAUAGAAUAGUUCUAACCUGCUGGGCGAAAAACCCAAAAAACAUUCUCUGAAGGGACCAUACUUGCUGUUAACAGUUUUGGUUGGUUAAUAGAUGUGGAUCAUAUCCCACCGCUCUCAAUUUUAUUUUGUCAUCUUCCUCCCCCCCCCCUUGCUUUUAAAUUAAAAACAAACUAAAUUGAACAUGCCAUUGGGAAUCAGAAGUCGAGAUGAUUUAAUUCUCAUUGAGAUCAUUGUACUUUCUGAAAAUUGCUGUGAGAUCUGGUAGGUCAGGUACAUAUUUGAGUUCCCAUAUGUUUAUUAAUUAAAAAUAGGGAUUUUCAUUAUUUCAUUUUCCUGAAGAGGAUUCUUACGGAGCUAUGUGUAGAUAACUGUACAGAAUCACUUUUGUGUAAUUGAGUGAAGCAGUUUACCUCUGCAUGAUUGCAUUAUGGAAGCCUUUUAUAUAUCUUUAUAUUUUUCAAUAUACUUAGAUUUUACACUAUCAGCUGCCCUAGUCAUGCUAUAUUUGUUUUUUUUUAAUAGAGUUUAUAAAUAUUUGUGCUCAAAAUACAGAUCAAUUGAAUAUUUUUGGUCUUGUUUACAAGAUAAAUAAUACUUUAAAGUGAUGCAGCCCCUCAAGUGUCUUAGGAAAAAGUCAUUGGUGCUACAAAACCUUUCAAUAUCAUUUUCAACCUGUUAUCUAGACUUUGCUAGGCUUAAAUCUAUGAUUGCUUAUAACUUAAUCUAAUCUAGCAGCAUAAUUAUAAAAGUGGUCUGCGGUGAGUCAGGUAAAGAGCCCAGCCAAUUAGAAACAUCCCAUAAUUUAAAGAUAAGAUGGAGAAUGACAUUAUACUAAUUUGUGUCCAGCUUCCCCAAAAGAAAAUAGUUUCUUCAGUUUUUCAUUAGCUCUUUUGAUAAAAGGAGUGGUGUGUUAAUAUGACUAGAAUAAAGAAAAUGAUACAUUCAGCAUGGCUCAGUUUUCCCACAUUUCAAAUGGAAAACUUUUCUAGUCCUAAAAUAUGGUGUAAUCCUGUUCUGCUUUAAAUUCCCAUCUGUCUUUUACUCAACAGGAGGCAGGGUAAUUCUUAAAUAUUUAUAGAACAUUUGAUAAGUUCUAAAGAGAUGUAUUAUUUACAUUGUACAAGUUUUGUGUUGAUGUGCAGAUUGUUUUCUACAUCUGCAAGACUUCAUUCCAGCACCUUAGUGAAUGUUCUUAAGAUACAAUUUUUAAGUAUCAGCAAAGCAUUCAUAGAUGUUUACUUUUGAUUCUCAGAAUCCUGAACCUGUUUUGGGUAUGAUGUUACUUCACAACAUGUCUGGCACAAGAUUUCCUUUAAUAGUGGUUUAGUCUAACUCAAUUUCUGUGGAUUGUUGAACCGAAAAACACCAAAGGAGUUCUUUCUUGUCUGGAGACUGGAUUGUUCCAGUUUUUAAUACCUGUGCCCAUAAGUAUCCCAUUUCACGAAUGUGUGUUGGCAUGGGGGAAAAAUUCCCUGCUCUUUGAGUGGAGCGAAAGUAAUUGGUUAAGCUGUAGCAGCUUUUUUUGUUUAUUUUUUAAAGUGAUAAUAAAACUUGAACUGAAAAUGGUAAAACUUGAACUAGAAAACUACUCUUGUAUGCUUAGAAUGUUUAUAGUAUUACGUGUUUAUGUGAGGUUGUCAACAUUUUUAUUAUUUAUAGUUGAAUUAUGUUUUGUUUGUUAAAUAUCCAUAAUGUUUAUUAUUUUUAUAUUUUGAAAAAUUUUAAAAUAAAAUAGUCUUACUAAAAGCA